AUGACUUCACACGAAGUAGCUACGAUGGUUCUCUUUUCUUUUCUCCCAAUGAGACCUGAUAUGCCCCUGCCACCAGGGAGUUGGAGCCCGACGUCUACAGCUACGAUCUUCUAUUCGUCCUUGAUAGUUCUUGCGGUCUGCACCUCUCGAGAAACUUAUCAAACAGGUGGAGGAGAAUCGAUUCUCAUUGAAUCGUCGACCAACACCUGCUCGGAUUUCCAGAGAGCGGUGCUGCAACCUCUACCACCCUUCGCUCUGCAAGAGGCCGAUUCCUCUUCGUUUUCACGUGUUGGCGCCAAUAAUGACAUGCAUACAACGUGGGUGCCGCCAAUCUCUAAUCUCUCUGUCGUCGACCGGGAUUCCAAAUAG